GAAACUGGAACUAGCGUGACGUGUCUUUGGUCGAUAUUCAAAAUGGCGGACGGAGAUGGUAAAGAUGACUAUUAUUUGAUUACAAAGAACUGACAGCUUUCGUUAGAGAAAGCACUUGAUAUGGAGACGUUGUACCAACAAACAAAUAGAUUGAUUCUUGAAGUCCAGAGUCAGCUGAAUAAGCUCGGAUUUGCCAAGGGAGAUGAGCUAACAGAGCUAGAGCGGCAUAUUGAUGCAAUACUGGGUGAAAUAUCCUCCAACUGUGACAAGCUGAACAUAUUGGUGAAUAAAGAACCAGCAAUCAAGCGUCAAGGAGCCAAAAUUAAAGCUGAUCAACUUGUAUAUGAUCUACGCCAUCUACAAACUGCAUUCCAUAAUUACCAACAGCGUAGGAUUCAAAGAGAAGAAGAGGAGAGAGAAAGGGAUGAGCUACUUAACAAGAGGUUUUUGCCAAAUAAUAGUGGGGAGACAUCAAUAAUGAUAGACCAUGCCCUACAGCACAACACGGGUCUACAGAAUGCACACCAAGGCAUGGAUGAAAUGAUAAGCAGUGGUUCUAGUAUACUGACAAGUCUGAGGGAGCAACGAAAUGUUUUAAAGGGAGCCCAGAAGAGAAUUCUUGAUAUUGCUAACACUCUGGGUCUUUCCAACACUGUGAUGAGGCUGAUUGACAAGCGAGGUACCCAGGACAAGUGGAUAGCCUUUGGGGGAAUGCUUGUGACGUGCAUAAUAAUGUUUUUAGUCAUCCAUUAUCUUACAUGAACUUGGUUCAUACGUUAUGAAGCCUGAACUUAGGCAUCUGCUAAGAUUAUUCCUUGUAUGGCCACCCUUUUUACCAUUCAUCCUAUCUGAUUCAUAAAAAGUCAAUGGUUGCAAUUAAAAUAUUUUUGGGGCGAGGCACUACUAUUAGCAGGUGCCAGAACAUUUUGACCUCUGUAAACUGAAACAUUGUCCUCUUCCCCUCUUUUCUUUAGAUAUAUUUAACAAUUCAACCAAAUGUUCUUUGCUUCUCUAGAUCUCUCACAGAAGCCAAUUUUUCAUCUCAUACUAUACUUCAAUACACUACAGGAGUGUAUUUAAAUGUCCACCCUUAUUAUCAUAAUUUCAAAAGAGAAUCUUAAGAAAGAUAUACAGAAUAUGUAAAAAAUGCCAAAUAAAAUUAUUGACUUUUUA